UCACUCAAGGUCGCCAUGAUCCAUCCACACAUAUCCCCCCGGUCCACGAGCGCCAGCCGCCUCCGGCCGGGCCCGCCCGCAGCGUCACGGUGCACCGUGGACCGCGCCUUCGUGCGGAGCCGGGGCCCUCCCCCCAAUCUCCUCCACCAACCUCUCUCCUGUAUAAAGCCUCGCGGCCCCGGCCUGCCUCCUCCCACCGGUUCCAGGACAACCAGCAGCGGCCGCCACUUCGUCCAGCUCCAGCUCCGGGAGGAUCACUUCGCUGUCGAAUCGCUCGUCGACGGCGGGAUGGGGGAGGCGUCAUCUCCGGCGAUCGCCAAGGAUGUCACCGAGCUGAUAGGGAACACGCCGUUGGUGUACCUCAACAAGGUGACCGACGGCUGCGUGGGGCGCGUCGCCGCCAAGCUCGAGUCCAUGGAGCCCUGCUCCAGCGUCAAGGACAGGAUUGGGUACAGCAUGAUCACCGACGCAGAGGAGAAGGGGUUCAUCGUCCCAGGCAAGAGUGUGCUGAUUGAGCCAACCAGUGGCAACACAGGCAUUGGGCUGGCCUUCAUGGCUGCUGCCAAGGGUUACAGACUUGUACUCACAAUGCCUGCUUCCAUGAGUAUGGAGAGGCGAAUCAUCUUGAAGGCCUUUGGUGCUGAGCUGAUCCUCACCGACCCACUCUUGGGAAUGAAAGGAGCUGUCCAAAAGGCAGAAGAGCUGGCAGCAAAGACACCCAACUCAUACAUCCUUCAGCAGUUUGAGAAUGCUGCCAACCCAAAGAUUCACUAUGAGACAACCGGACCUGAAAUCUGGAAAGGCACAGGAGGAAAGAUCGAUGGCCUUGUUUCUGGCAUCGGGACUGGUGGUACCAUUACUGGAUCUGGAAAAUACCUCAAAGAGCAAAAUCCUAACAUCAAGCUCUAUGGUGUGGAGCCAACUGAGAGUGCCGUCUUAAAUGGUGGAAAGCCUGGACCACACAAGAUCCAAGGAAUUGGAGCUGGUUUUAUCCCUGGUGUCUUGGAUGUUGACAUCAUUGAUGAAACCAUACAGGUUUCAAGUGAUGAGUCCAUUGAGAUGGCAAAGUCUCUUGCGUUGAAAGAAGGAUUGCUGGUUGGGAUCUCUUCUGGUGCUGCUGCAGCUGCAGCAAUCAAGGUUGCUCAGAGGCCUGAAAAUGCAGGGAAACUCUUUGUUGUUGUGUUCCCAAGCUUCGGAGAGCGCUACCUUUCGUCGGUGCUCUUCCACUCCAUCAAGAAGGAGGCCGAGAGCAUGGUGGUCGAGUGACUCUCGGGACUCGAGCGUGUGAAGCUGUUUUCUGAAGCCAAAUCCCCCCGUUCAGAGGAGCCCUUCUACAGAAAUAAAUCUUUGGCGUCCCUGCUAGUGUUGGUCUGACAUCAAGUCCUGUCAAGUUUUAAUCCCACUUUGUGUUGGCCUUCUGGUGUUUAGCAAUUUGAAUUACCUCUUGCCUGCCCUGUAUAUUGGAACUAUUCCUCUGUGGUCCAUAUGUCAGCCAGUGUGAAAUAAAGCAUCAUGGUGCCUUACA